AUGACAACAAACACAAAGCCUAACGUCCUAUUGUUUGGUGCCGGCGGCGUUGGAACCGUCUAUCUUUGGUUGCUGUCCAAAACCUCAACAACGACUGCCGUCUGCCGCUCCAACUACGACGUUGCAAAGAGCAAUGGAUUCAUUAUCAACUCCUCAAUUUUCGGCCAGGGCAUUCAUUUCAAACCGAACAUUGUACGGAGCUGCGAAGAGGCAGUAACGGUGGAUCCAACCCCAUUCGACUACAUCGUAGUGUGCAGCAAAGCCAUUCCUGGGACGGUACCCAAGUGGAUUGCUCCUGUCGUUACACCAGGACAUACUGUCAUUGUGCUCCUUCAGAACGGAAUUGGCAUAGAAGAAGAGUACCGAAACGCCUUCCCAGAUAAUCCAAUUGUCAGCACCGUGCUAUAUUUCCCGGCAACCCAGCGACCAGCAGGCGUCAUCAAACACGGCGAAAUCGAAAGACUUGAGAUUGGUGCCUAUCCUUCCUCUGCGCCGGAUCAUCAUGCCAAAUCGUUUGCGCACCUCAUCCAGUCAUCUGGAGCAACUGCAGUUUUGCACGAAGAUAUCCAGCUCAUCAGAUGGGCGAAGUUGCUUAUCAACGCAUCAUGGAACCCCAUAUGCGCACUCGCAUUUAGCAAAGAUACUGAUGUUCUCGAAAGUUAUGAAGGAGCCCCUUCUGUUAUCGAAGCUGUCAUGAUGGAGAUUCGCGAGAUCGCAAUGGCACAUGGGUAUAACAUCACCACGGAGAAGGUCUUGUUUGAGCUGGGUCGAGCCAAGGCGCGGAUAGCGAUUCACGCGGGAAUCGAGCCGAGUAUGCUGCAAGAUGUACAGACCGGCCGACGAAUAGAGGUCGAAGCCAUACUGGGAAACCCUGUCAGAAUGGCCAAGUUGAAAGGUGUCAGAUGUGACAGACUGGAGCUUUUGUACAUGCUCGCAAAAACACUAGACUUGCACAUAGGCAAAGCGCUCAGUGCAUGA